GAACCUUAUUGUGCAAGGAAAGGAAGGGAUUUUUUUCCAAAGCAAAAAAAGCAUAUUAUAUGGUGUCUGAAACAUUGUCUUUUGUGCACAGUAACAGAAGUGGCCUUUAGAGAUCAAAACAUGCAGAUGAACGAAGAGAAGAAGGAAAAGGCUGUUGUGGGAAGAAGUUUAAUUGAUUUCGUCUUCUCUUGGUCUAUCAAAGAUGUUCUCAACAAAGAUGUAUAUAAACACAAGGUCAAGCAGAUACCGGAAACAUUUUCAUCAUCAGCAGAUUAUUUUAAGUCAUUCGUUAUGCCUCUUGUUGAGGAAACGCACGCCGACUUGUCGUCGAGCCUGACAACACUGUCGCAGUCCCUUUCUUGCGAAAUAAGGUCUGUCAAGAGAUGUAAAGGUUACAAACUUCCAAAAGACUUGUUCUACAAAAUACUAUUGAAAGCGAGUGAAAGGAAGGAUGAUGCAAAGGUAUAUGAACCUGAAUUCGGAGAUCUCGUUGCUAUAACAAGUUCCAGACCAAAAUCCAUUCGUGAUUUGGAAAAUUCCUAUGUCAUUGCUAUGGUUCAUGGAGUGAAAGAUGAUCUUUUACUCUCAGUACUCUCUUCGAAGCCUAUCCUGUUUGAAGAGAGCAUGGACAAGAGCAGGAAAAAUGCAACACUUUUCGCUGUUUAUCUCAUCAAUAUGACGACCAAUAUUCGGAUAUGGCAAGCACUAACUUUAGAUCCGAAAGAGCGGAACAUGAGACUUAUUGAGAAAGUUCUGCAGACUAAAUUUGACAAUGAAAAAAAGUGUAUGAUGUGCCACUCUGAACAGAAAUUCAGUUUAGCAAAUUUGAUUGUUGAGAAUGUCAGAGUCAGAUCGUCGGAUUUGAAUGAAUCCCAAAACGAUGCGGUUUUAAGCUGCAUCAGCACAAGGGAAUGUCGUCAUUGGAGUGAUAUCAAACUGAUAUGGGGGCCACCGGGGACAGGGAAAACAAAGACAGUUGGUUUUCUAUUGCAUUCCCUACUCGGGAUGAAAUGCAGAACACUGACAUGUGCUCCGACAAACGUUGCAGUGUUGGAGGUAACAGAGAGGCUCAUUCAAAGAGUUACCGAGUCGGCUGGAUAUGACACAUAUGGGCUAGGCAACAUAGUUUUGUUUGGAAACGGGGAAAGAAUGAAGAUCGAUGAUCAUGAAGACCUUUAUGAUGUAUUUCUUGAUCAUCGUAUCGACAUACUCAACCAUUGUUUUGCUUCGAAAACUGGGUGGAGGGAUAUUUUGCUUUCUAUGAUUUCCUUGCUCAAUGACCCUAAACAACAAUAUCAUAUGUACUCGAAAGAAGAGGAGGAUGAUAGUGAUGAUGAUGAUGAUGGGAAGAAGAUUAAUGUAAAUUUAGAAAGUAGAGAAAUAAAAAGAAAUCAAGAAAUGGGGAAUACAAGUGACAAAAUGUCUGAAAAGAAGAAAAUCAAGAAAGCAAUGAAGCAGGUUAUUUUCCAAACCUUGAAAGAAAACAGGAAGAAGCAGAAAAACUCUAAGGAUAAGAAGAAAGAAGAGGAUAUAGAUGGUGUUUCCAUUGAGAAGGUGCGGGAAGAAAAGCGCAAAAUCCGUGGUAAUCCUUUGAAUUUCAAGGAGUUUUUAAAGAAGAGGUUUGGUUACUUUGCGGAAAGGUUAUAUUUUUGUAUUGAGAAUUUGUAUACGCACCUACCGACCUCUCUUAUUUCCCUACAAGUGGUGAAGAAUAUGUUAGAAGCUGUUGAUUCUCUCAAGUCCUUCCAAAAGCUGAUAAAUCGGGUUGCAAGUAAAGUAUUGAAUGGAUUUUUCAACAAAGAUCUAAUAAGUGAAGAUGAUACUGAUACCUUUGAAAAACUCAACGUUGCAAGAAUAGAGUGCCUUUCUCUACUAAAAUCUCUUCCUUCGACAUUUCCCGUUCCUCACAUGGCUGAUAGGUAUACUGACACAAAGGAGAUGAGAGAGUUCUACUUGGCAAAUGCGCGCUUGGUUUUCUGCACCGUCUCGAGUUCUGCCAAACUGCACAGCAAAGGGAUGUUUCCCUUUGAACUAUUGGUCAUAGAUGAGGCUGCGCAGCUUAAGGAAUGUGAAUCAGCAAUUCCUUUGCAACUCCCCGGAGUCCGUCAUGCUAUACUAAUAGGAGAUGAACGGCAACUUCCCGCAAUGGUUAAAAGCAAGGUUUCGGAAGAGGCUGAUUUCGGAAGAAGUUUGUUUGAGAGGCUGGCUUCGCUCGGCCACAAGAAACACCUUCUCAAUGUCCAGCACAGGAUGCAUCCAUCAAUAAGCUCAUUUCCAAAUAGGGAAUUUUACGACAAUAAGAUUUUGGACGGUCAGAAUGUUAAGCUGCGGAGUUAUAGUAAAUGUUUCCUUCAAGGAAAGAUGUACAGCACCUACUCUUUCAUAAAUGUAGCUCAAGGAAAAGAGGCAGUUGAUAGAAAACAUAGUACAAUGAACAUGGUUGAGGUUGCUGUGAUCUCUGAGAUAGUUGCAAAUCUUCACAAAGAAGUUAAGUGCUCAAAGAAGAAGGUCAGAGUAGGUGUGAUAGCACCAUACAAGGCACAAGUUCAUGCAAUAAGCGAGAGAUUCGGGAAAAAAUAUAGUUCAGAUGCUCAAAGUGACUUCUCCGUGACUAUUCGCUCGGUUGAUGGGUUCCAAGGCGGCGAAGAAGAUGUAAUAAUCAUCUCCACAGUGCGGAGUAAUGGGAGUGGAUCGGUGGGGUUUCUUUCGAAUCGUCAAAGAGCAAACGUUGCGCUAACUCGUGCAAGACAUUGCCUUUGGAUUGUGGGGAAUGGAACAACUUUAGAAAACAGUCGCUCUGUGUGGAGCAAACUGGUCAUUGAUGCGAAAGAGCGCGGGUGUUUCCAUAACGCUGAUGAGGAUAAGAACUUGGCUCAGGCUAUUGCUGCUGCCUUGGUUGAUGAAGCAGAUAAAGACCCUCUUCAAUCAUUGUCUAAACCAUUUGCUACACUCAGUCUAAGGGAUGAGCCAGAAUCAUCCUCAAGGACUAACAGAAUCAGAAGUUUCUCAAAUUUCCAGACAAAAAGAUCCGGUGUUACUAGUUUGACUUGGCCAAGUCUCCAAAGGCGCAUCUAAGAUGCAGGUAAAGGACAGCCAAGUUCUGCCACCAAAACGAAGGUUGAAUGAAUCAGUUGAAACUGUACUGUCUGACAUAGCUUACAAUGUUAUUGGGAAUGAUUUGCAUUUGAAAUGUAACACAUAAUUGAGUGCCUUGUCAAAUGAAGUGUUUAAUAUGCUCCAAAAUUUAUGCCAUUGUUUGGAUGGUGGUUCUUAAAACAAACGAACAUGAGCCCUUUCAUUUAGUAGUCGAAGUUUCAAUGGAAAAAAAAAAAACAAAUUGUAAUUAGUUGUUACACUUGUGCGAUGCAUGGAAUUAACUAGUUUAUACAUCUGAAAAAUAUAAA